AUGGCGGCCACGGCCCGCCGUGAAAUAGACACAGGCGAGGAGGAUAUCGCCGCCAUCGCUAAACAGAUUUCAGAUCAUGCAGAAGCCAUUUACCAGACGUGGAAAGCUCGUGGCCUCGCGCCUACGGAAAUACUAUCAUGCAAGCCCGCGCCUGGAAUAAAAUUGGCAGAAAGCCUGCGAACUAAACCUCGACCCGAGCCGAAGCCUGAAAUAAAACAAAGACCAGAGUUAAGACGCGAUCAACGGCCGGAGGUUGUGCGGGACCAAAGAACUGAGGUGAGGAGAGACCAACGACUUGAGACGAGACGUGAGCAAAGGUCAGAGCCCGAGGGAGAAACAAAUGAGUUGACGUUGCCACCAGACUUGGUACCGGAACGUAACGGUACGACUAGUGGCGUGAAUUCAAGAAGGGCUGACUCCGCAGCAAUGCGGCUGGAAGUUGCCCGUGAAGAAGAAAGACUAUUACGAGCACUGCGGACCGGUGGGGUAGUGGCGGAACGUUCUGCAGAACGCCCCGACGUAGUGCCGUCAAUUUCGCUUGUUGAUUACGCUAAAAGUCGAUACCAGGAUCGGCUGGAAACGGGAGCGCGGAAGCCCUCAACUGGCGCUAGUGGAGAGCGACGUACAUCGCUUGGCUCGCAUGUUACUGAGGCUCGGUCCAAGUUUGAGGCGCGAGCGCGAAGGGCAACCAGCGCUGGCGCCGUUGAGCCCGCCACCGCAUCGGGUACCGCGCCCGUUCGACCUUUCCUUACGCGAGGAUCUGUGGCUGAACGAGUGCUCAUGUUUGAACGAUGUCCAAGUGAAGCUACGUUAGAACUCGCAAAAAGAAAAUCACCAGCUGCAACAACAUGGCGAGGACCGCAUGACGUCAUUAACAGAGCACAGGUGAGAAUACAAAAUAAAUGUAUAACGCAAACGCAAUAA